UGACCAAAUUUGAUGACCAGUCAUAUCACGACAUCGGUCUUUAGGACAUUACGUCGCCACCGCCCGCGAACCCAAUACCUGAUGCAGCAGGUACAGCGUACCGAACUUGCGUUGAGCAUCCCAGGAUUGAAAUCUGUACCUGGAUGAUGCACACGGAGAGACAGCUCAAUUGAGCCUCCCCUGUUCUAUAGCUUCUGAGUGGACCAAUUUCUGCCGCCUUGAGUAAUGAUUGAGUGAAUAAUGGACGCAAAACUACCUUGUUGAUCCAAGAUAGUAAAAAUUUGCACCUGGUAUAAGUAUUCCCUUUCCUCGCCUUCGUCCUUGCUUCUUCAAGCUCUUCCAGUUCAAUCCGCCUGUCAAGAUGCCUUCUUUCACCACCGCAAUGCGGGUUCUCUCCCUUGCUACUUUCGUUUCCUCCACGUUCGCUAGUUCUGUCUUUGAGUCUGUUCAUCAAGUUCCUCGUGGUUGGACUUUUGACCGCAAUGCCUACGCCGACGAGACUGUCAAGCUACGUGUUUCGCUCAAGCAACAGAAUGUAGACGAUCUUUAUCAAAAAGUGAUGGAGGUGUCCACGCCCGAUCACGUCUCCUACGGACAACAUUAUGAGGGUCAUGAGCUUCGAAGUCUUCUCAAGCCAAGUGACGAGACCUCAGCCGUCGUCAUUAGCUGGUUGCAGGACAGCAAUAUCACCGCCAUCAAGGAUGACGGUGAUUAUGUUCUGUUCACCUCAAACGUCGAAACUGCCAACAAGCUCCUCAACACCAACUUCGCCUGGUACAAGAAUGACGAAGAUCAAAAAGUCAUCCGAACCCUAUCAUACUCUGUAUCUGCCGAGGUAGCAAGCCACAUCAACUUUGUCCAACCAACCACCCGAUUUGGAAGCCUGAGUGCACUUCGUUCCACCGUCCAGAAGAUCGAUACUGGAGCUCCUUUCGAUGGUACCGCAAGAUUUAUGCCAUCUGUACAAAGAGCAAAUAUCACUUGUAACCUUACAAUUACACCCGAAUGUCUGCUGGACUUGUACAACGUCCACUACAAGGCAGACGCCAAAUGUAAGAACACCGUCGGCUUUGGAUCAUUCUUGGAGGAGUAUGCUAGAUACUCUGACUACGAACUUUUCCAGCAGAAGUAUCUUCCAAAGGCCAUUGGUGAAAACGUAAGUUUUCUUGUCGCAUUUUCCUGUCCUCUGAGCUAACCAGUCAUUAUAGUUCACGGUCGUUAGUUUCAACGGAGGACUCGAUGACCAGACAUCUGCAGAUGACUCUGGUGAAGCCAAUUUGGACGCACAAUACAUUUUGGGUGUUGGAUAUCCUGUCCCUGUUGUCGAAUACAGCACUGCAGGACGUGGUCUUCUCAUCCCUGACGGAGACAGCCCAACACAAGACGACAACACCAACGAGCCAUACCUUGAUUUCCUCCUCGCCUUGACCAAGCUCCCUAAUAGCGAGAUUCCAAACUCCAUCAGUAUCUCAUACGGCGAGAACGAGCAAGAGAUCCCUGUCUCAUACGCAUUCCAAGUUUGUCAGCUUUUUGCUCAGCUGGGUGCUCGUGGAAAGUCUGUCCUCUUCUCAUCUGGAGACUCUGGAACUGGAGAUUUCUGUCUUUCAAACGACGGGAAGAACACUACCAAGUUCCAGCCUCAAUUCCCAGCCUCGUGCCCAUAUGUCACAUCCGUUGGUGGAACUCGAUACAUUGAGCCAGAACAAGCCGUUUUCUUCUCCUCUGGUGGAUUCUCCAACAUCUGGGCCCGUCCUUGGUAUCAAGCGGUUGCCGUUCCAGAGUACCUCAAGACUAUCAGCGACCACAACAAGGGUUAUUUCAACACCUCUGGUCGUGGAUUCCCAGAUGUUGCUGCACAAGGUGUAAACUUCCGCGUCUUCGACAAGGGACGUGACAACGGAUAUAGAGGAACAUCGUGUUCCGCACCCGCCUUCAACGGUAUCAUCGCUCUCCUCAACUCAGCACGCAUCAGCAAUGGUCAACCAACUCUCGGCUUUUUGAACCCUUGGUUGUACACAAUCGGCAAAUUUGGAUUGAACGACAUCACCACUGGUCAAUCAACUGGAUGCAAUGGUCUUUCAAGAUUCAACAGCGCUCCAAAUGGUAGCCCAGUCAUUGCUAAUGCUACUUGGCCUGCUACCAAGGGAUGGGAUGCUGUCACUGGUUUGGGUACACCAGACUUUGGAAAGCUGUUAUCCAUGUCUUCCCCUGGAGUUAAGAAUGCAUAAAUGUUCAGAUGAAGUAAUGAAUUAAUGUCUUCAUAGAUAGAUAAAUGAAAUAAUAAAGUAAAAAUUACAUAUAUC